AUGCAGUACAAAAGUCUUAUCGUUGCGCUGUACGGUGUCGGAGCAUCAUGUUCUGCUCUACGACCACCAAUUGAAAGACGCGCAACGACAGAAAUUCCUUCAGACUCUUUCAACUCCCUUGAAACAUACUGGAAUUACCUGUAUCCCUGGGGAGCAAUACACAAUGGUGGCGCCCGAAUGGAUGAGGAACACGUCUCCGUCACUGAUGGCGUUCUCACUCUGACUGCUGAGCCACGAGAUGACCAAGAAGAUCCCAUGCACUAUCUUUCUGGAGCAAUUCACGCCAAAUCAACAUUCACUGUUUCUGCUGGUGGUGGUUACGAUAUCAGUGCUGACGAGCGGAUGGCCCCUGAGAUUGAUAUUGCCGAGUGGAAAGGUUCUGGAAAGAUUUCUUUCAACACAUUCAAUACUUCUGAUGAGGUCACCGCACUUGAUAGGGACUUCCCAAACCCUGAGGAAUGGCAUUUUGUUCGUGCUGAACUGCGUGAUGAGAAUGGUCAUGAUGUGAGAGUCAAGUUUUUCCUCGAUGGUGUUGAGCAGACUACGCAAUAUGGUCGCGACUACAUUGGGGCGGGUCUACGUCUGAUUGUCAACUAUCAGACUGAAGGAUCUUCUGGAUCACCUGGUCCCACAACGUUUGACAUGUCUCUGCCUGUACUGAUUCAUGUGUCAUAG